CACGCCGUCAGCCACGCGGAUAAAACUGUAAACGUAUAUUUAAUUAAAGCAUUUAAUAUAUUUAGUAUAUUAAAUUAAAAAAAUAAUUUGAACAUUUACAGCACUAUAUAUUGUAUACUUUUUAAAAUUAAAAACUUUUUUGAAAAAAAAAAAAAAAAAAAGCUAAAUCGUCGUCGCACCUGCUAGCUUACUGGCUACCAUGGUUACCAACAACACUACUCUCCAGUUUGUUUCUGUUGGGAGUUCGUCGUCCAAAAUCAAGGUUUAAUCAAAAAUGUUUACCAUGGAGGUUGGACAGAAGUUAGUAGAAUUGAGCAUAACAGCGGAUGAAGUUGAUAAGCUCUCCAAAGCCUUCAAAAAUGACAAAUUCCAGGAUAUGCUUACCAACUACCUCCAAGAAAUAUCCAAUCCCGAGAAUGUGAGAACCUAUGAAAAGGAGAUGACACUUCUAGAGCAAAGGAGAGGAACCAGCAUCGAGUUCGUCCACCCGAUUCCCUUCAGAGUUCUGGAGACCAGCGUGGACGGAGAGCAGAGGUGCUUCAUCAACAUCUGCGCUUGUGACAAAGCCGGAAAGCCUGAAUCGAAGACUGUGCGAACAAAUGGUCAAUUAGGACAACAGUGGUCCCUGCCUCACCUCCUGCAACCCGCGAGGCCGGAUUGUGAACGUGAAGGAAAGAUCUUCACCAUCUAUGAUGUUUGUUUCCAUCCUGAGACGCUUCAUCAGGCAGAAAAAAGCAAGAGGUUCAUGGGCACAGUGAUGGAAGUUGCAGUCCAGGGAAUCCAGAAGGCUUUUAACGUGACACUGGACAAAGGGAAUUUAAGAGAGACGGAUAUAAAAUACAAAGGAGUCCCGCAGCUUUGUGUGAUCCGUAAGCCCAUACCCGGGUAUGAGGCAAAGGAGCCACCAGAGGAGCAAGAUCUCUCCUCGCUGAUGACACCUCUACCAGGGAACAGCUUUGAACUUCCACCAAAACUCCUACAGAGGCAACCGCAAGAACUAACAAAGCCCCAUUAUACAGUUAAAUAUCGUUCAGUUGUUGAUUUGCAGGACUUUAGAGUCUCUAGGGACUCCGUCCGGAGCCCGAGGCCGACAGAGAUUGUGGUAACCAUCGAUCUGCCGCUCCUGACGGUGGUCAAUGACACAGUACUUGAGGUAGAAGAAAGGAGGCUGCUGUUGGAGUCUAAGAACCCACCAUACAAACUGGAGCUGCUUUUAUCUUACCCUGUACAUGAAAACAAAGGAAGAGCCAAGUUUAACAAGCAAACACGACAGCUUACAGUCACUCUGCCUGUUCAGCCUGCUCCAAACCCUACCUCUGAUUCUCAGAAACAAAAUCAAACUGAGGACCUGGAAGAAGGUGGAAGACGCAUCAAAGAAAGGACAGAGCAGAGCCAAAGAGGGAACGACAUCGAUGCUGCGCAGGGAAAAGGUCAGAGGACGGGAGACAGUCAAAAACAGGAAGAGGAGGGCCAAAAAGUGAAGGAUCAAAACAAAAACGAGACGCCAGAAUGUGUGGUGAGAAACAAGACGCACAAUGAGAAGUUAGAAGAAAAGAAGGCAAAGCGCCACAAAAAAAAGAAGAGAAGGAGUCCAAGAGUCACAGAAGAAGCUCAUUAUGCUUUGCUGCCGACAAAAGAAGCUUCAUCUGACACCGAUGAGCAGCGCACUUUGGUCUUUGAUGGGGACAAGAAAGAAAAGGCGUCUUGUGGUUUUAAAACUGACAUCCAGAAGGCUGAAGAAAAAGAAGGAAGAGUGGAGGUUCCCAAUUCCAGCCAGGAAUCCAAAAACAUCACACAGGCUACAAUGGCCGCAAACGUAAGCGUUCCAGACACAGAGAGGACAACAGCACAAAAGAUGGAAGAUGCCAAGGAGCAAACCUUCCAGAAGCCAGAGGAGACCAAGGCUCCACUUCCUGGAACUCUGAGGGAAAUCGAUGCCGGAGGAAACGAAACAAUCCUGGAUGAUCGCACAUCCGCCGGGUUUGUCUUCCAAAACAAACUGGUGUUUGAUCUGGACUGACGAGCUGUUUGGACAUUUGAGCUGUUGUUCAAGCCAAACACGAAUAGAAAUACAUCACAAUAAACAAUUUAAGACAAGA